CGCUGCCCGUGGCUGUGAUAAAAAUCUUUUUGGAUGGUUGUGAAUCAGCGCUCCCCGUGGUAGGUGGUGACAAACUCUUGGAAUCAUAUGACCACGGAAAAUUUUCCCUUGUGGCCACUAAAUUGAUCAAUUUCUCGUGAUUCCGCGUGAAAAAAGUGUCCAGAAGAUGACGGGCUUCAUUUUCAACAUUGACGGUGGCUACCUGGAGGGCUUGUGCCGUGGCUUCAAGUGUGGUAUCCUCAAGCAAUCGGACUACCUAAAUUUGGUUCAAUGCGAAACACUUGAGGAUCUGAAGCUCCAUCUCCAGGGAACGGAUUAUGGUCAAUUCCUGGCCAAUGAGCCAUCUCCGCUCACGGUGUCCGUGAUUGAUGAUAAACUGCGUGAGAAGCUGGUGAUUGAGUUCCAGCACAUGAGGAAUCACGCCGUGGAACCACUCUCCACCUUCCUGGACUUCAUCACGUACAGCUACAUGAUUGACAAUAUCAUCCUCCUGAUUACGGGCACCCUCCAUCAGCGCCCCAUCUCCGAGCUCAUCCCCAAAUGUCACCCACUGGGGAGCUUUGAGCAAAUGGAAGCCAUCCAUGUGGCCGCCACUCCGGCUGAGCUGUACAAUGCCGUCCUCGUGGACACCCCAUUGGCACCCUUCUUCGUGGAUUGCAUCUCCGAGCAGGAUCUCGAUGAGAUGAACAUUGAGAUCAUCCGAAAUACCCUCUACAAGGCCUACCUGGAGGCAUUCUAUGACUUUUGCAAGAACAUCGGCGGCACCACGGCUGACGUGAUGUGCGAGAUUCUUGCCUUCGAGGCUGAUCGCAGGGCCAUCAUCAUCACCAUCAAUUCCUUCGGCACGGAAUUGUCCAAGGACGACCGGGCUAAGCUCUACCCACGCUGCGGUAAGAUGAAUCCCGAUGGUUUGGCUGCACUCGCAAGAGCCGAUGACUAUGAACAAGUGAAGGCUGUGGCUGAGUACUACGCGGAGUAUGCUGCACUCUUUGAUGGAUCCGGCAACAAUCCCGGUGAUAAAACUCUCGAGGAUAAAUUCUUUGAACAUGAGGUGAAAUUGAAUGUUUUUGCUUUCAUCCAACAAUUCCACUUUGGCGUCUUCUACUCGUAUCUAAAGCUGAAGGAGCAGGAAUGCCGCAACAUUGUGUGGAUUGCCGAAUGUGUGGCACAGAAGCAUCGUGCAAAGAUCGACAACUACAUCCCAAUAUUCUAAGGAGAAAAGGCGCGAUUGUCGCACACAUUCCUCAAAUCCCCACAUUUUAUUAGAUAUCAAAGCUACAUGCCCUUAAUUUUCGGGGGAACUAAACAUUGUAUAAAUUUAAUUUUUUUUUUUUGGAUUCUUUCCAAUUAAAAGUGCACCAACCACGUGUAAGUAAGGAGAGAGCAGGAUGGUGCAAAGAGUAUUAGUUAAAACAAAGAAUGAUGUGUAUAUAUUUAUCGUUUAUUAGUCUGUUGUUGGAUUCUGCGGGGGAGUGUUCACUUAAAGGGACUCCUCCAGCGGAGAUUUUAUGCCGAUUUGUGUCAUCAAAUAAAGGAUAAUUUCAGUGGAAAAAAAA